GGGGGUGGAUCCUGCGGGAGCGGACGGCACCGGCGGCGCGCACCGAGGCGGCAGCGGGUAAAUCAGCAACCCGCGGGGCCCCUCAAAAGAGAUUAAAGUUCAGUCCCGUGCUCGAAGGAGCUCCAGGGAAACGAUGAAUCUGGUUCUGGAGCUGCUCCUGUUCCUGGCCACGCUCCUCUUCUCCUACCUGGAGGCUUUCGUGAAGCUGUUCGUGCCCGUGAGGAGAAAGUCUCUCAGCGGGGAGCUGGUGCUCAUCACGGGCGCUGGCCAUGGCGUCGGGAGAGCGACCGCCUUGGAGUUCGCCAAGCGCCAGAGCAGGCUGGUGCUGUGGGACAUCAAUAAGCACGGCGUUGAGGAGACGGCAGCAGAAUGCCAGAAGCUGGGAGCCACUGUUCAGAGCUUCGUGGUGGACUGCAGCAAACGGGAGGAGAUCUACAGUGCUGCAGACAAGGUGAAGAAGGAUAUUGGGGAUGUGACUAUCCUGGUGAACAAUGCUGGUGUGAUUACAGCUGCCGACUUCCUCUCGACUCAGGAGCACCAGAUAGAAAGGAUGUUUGAAGUCAACAUUCUGGGUCACAUGUGGACCACAAGAGCUUUCCUGCCAGUCAUGAUGAACAACAACUAUGGGCACAUUGUCACGGUGGCUUCAGCAGCAGGUCAUUUGGUGACUCCUUUCAUGGUGGUAUAGUGCUCAAGCAAGUUUGCUGCAGUUGGAUUUCAUAAAGCUCUGACAGAGGAGCUGUCUGCCCUGGGAAAGGAUGGAAUAAAAACAACAUGCCUUUGUCCAGUUUUUAUAAACACUGGAUUUGU